AUGACGAAGAUAUGUAGAUCUGGUUUUUGUAGAUCAGGAUCUCAAAACAUAAUUGAGUUUUCCUAUUUGGCUGUUAAUUUUUUAGAUCUGGUAGCGAUAAAGAAGGUUUUUCAAGACAAGUAUAUGAACUUUAUCUUAACUUUGAAGCAUUAUUUCUUUUCAACAACUAAAAAAGACGAGCUCUAUCUUAACUUAGUACUUAUGUUUAUUCCCGAGAAUGUUAUUUUUUCUCUCUUUAUUGUUGAAAUGGUGAAAGAAAAUCCAACCAUAAAACUGACACCAGUAGCAUGGGUUUUACCCUACAGAAUCAAAAGUAUAACAGAGAUAUACCGAAUGGGUAGAAAGCUCGGUCAAGGUCAAUUCACCACAACCUAUCUUUGCAUACGCAAAUCAUCAAACAAAAGGUUUGCGUGCAAGUCAAUCCCAAAACAAAAACUAUUUUGCAAAGAAGAUUAUAAAUAUGUUUGGCGUGAGAUUCAUAUAAUGCAUCAUUUAUCUGAGCAUUCACAUGUUGUUAGAAUCAUAGGGACUUAUGAGGAUUCUACUGUGGUUCAUAUUGUUAUGCAACUUUCUGAAGGAGGUGAACUUUAUGAUAAGAUUGUUCAAAAUGGUCAUUAUAGUGAGAGACAAGUUAUGACUUUGAUUAAGACUAUUGUUGAGGUUGUGAAGUCUUGUCACCCGCUUGCUGUUAUACGCAUGGAUCUUAAAUUGGGGAAUUUUUUCUUUGAUACUGUUGAUGAAGAUGCUAAGCUUAAAGCUACUAAUUUUGGUUUGUCUAUUUUUUAUAAACAUGUUGGGUGA